AUGGAUUAUUCUCCAAAUCCAACUGUCAUAGGUCAAAAUAUCACUGUUCACAUGGUUGGUGAAAUGGCCGAAGUCAUUGAAAAAGGUGCAAUGAUGAGGAUUUAUCAUGAUUAUAAAGGAAAAUUCAAGCAUGAACUUGAUUAUUGUAAAUUAUUUGUCGAACCAAGCGGUCCCUACAUUUCCAUCAUAAAUGAUAGUCAGAGUCAAUGGCUUACUUUGGCGAAUUCAAGGAUCGAGGCUUUUGAAUUAUUCUUAAAAUCAGCGGAGAAUAAUUAUUCAAUUUCACAAGUUUAUCUUGCUAAAUGUUUUUAUAAUGGGUAUGGAAUUGAAUGUUAUAAAAAGUUGUCAUUUAAUUGGUACCACAAAGCUGUGGAAAAUGGAAGCAUUAUUGGACAACUUUAUUUAGGACAUUGUUAUGAAUUUGGCAUUGGAACUCAAGCAAAUAAAAUGAAGUCAGUUUAUUGGUAUCGUGAAGCAACUAAUAACAGAAAUCUCACCGCAAAACUUCAACUUGCAAAUUGUUAUAGGAUAGGAAAAGGAAUUAAAAAAGAUGAAUAUAAAGCUUUCGAAUAUUAUGAAAUCUUGGCCAAACAAGAAAUCGCUGAUGCUCAAUAUCAACUUGGAAAUUGUUUUUAUAAUGGCAUUGGAACUAAAUCGGAUAAAGUGCAAGCUUCUUAUUUUAAAAAAGCUUUUUAUUGGUAUCAACAAGCAGCAGUAAGUGGAUUUGUUGAAUCGCAAUAUUACCUAGCAUCAUUAUACGAAACAACAGAAAUAAAAGCCAAUUUUCUUUUUCAAGGUGUAGCAGAAAUUAGGAUUGCUAUUCCAACAUUUAAUGGUCUUGCUAAAAUAAUUAGCAUUUCUGAAAAUAAUACUAUUAAAAAAGCCAAUUAUUGGUAUGAUAGAGCAGUAGGAAAUAGAA